UCAAAAUGGCGGCGUGCAGCGCGUGAAGAGCAUGUACCGGUGGCCAGUUAAUUUCCGGACGAACAUGUUUAAAACGUCGUGUAGCAGAGUGACAGGUCUGGUUGUUGCCAGUGUAAAUCAGAAGCUGCUAGCACAUGCACCCCAGAGUCACGUGACUGUGAGGAGUCUCAUCCAGCUGUGCAGGAAUGACCCUUCCCAAUGGAUCACAUUCCAGCACUUGAGUUUCCUAAAGCGGCAGUAUGUGAUGAAGAACAGUGGUGGUCUGAGCCAGAGAGCCAAACCCAAGCAGGAGCCUGAAGCCUCCCUGCUGGACGACAGAGAUGACUCGCUCGUCACACAGGCGCAGCAGAUCUCGGCCGUGGCGCCUGUUCCCGGUGCUGUGGGGAACAGCAACAGGGCCAGUGCCUUGGAGGAUGAGCCUGAGGCGGAAAGGCAGGCCCGCAUGGAGGCCCGGCAGUGGAAGGAGCUGAGAGUGCGCUACUCGGAAUUACCGGGAAUCUACGCUCGACUCUCCAAAGUCAAACUCACGGCACUUGUGGUUAUGACAACGGCAGCCGGAUACGCUAUGGCUCCAGUGCCCUUUGACCCGGUCAUGUUUGUGCUUGCCUCAGUUGGAACAGGGCUCUCUUCAUGCAUGGCAAACUCCAUUAACCAGUAUUUUGAGGUGCCCUUUGACUCCAACAUGAACCGGACGAAGAACAGGCCCCUGGUCCGAGGGCAAAUAAGCCCACUACAUGCGGUAUCGUUUGCGCUGGCUUGCGGUAUCCCGGGCGUGACCCUGCUGACCCUGGCCGUGAACCCACUGACUGGUUUCCUGGGGGCGCUGAACAUCUUCCUGUACACGUGCUGUUACACGCCGCUCAAGCGCCUCAGCAUCGCCAACACCUGGGUGGGCUCUGUGGUGGGAGCCAUCCCCCCCAUCAUGGGCUGGACUGCUGCCACAGGCGCUCUCGACCCAGGUGCUCUGCUGCUGGGUGCCAUCCUGUACUCCUGGCAGUUCCCUCAUUUCAACGCUCUGAGCUGGAACAUGCGUGAGGACUACUCGCGCGGCGGCUACCGCAUGAUGUCCGUGACCCACCCGGCCCUGUGUAGGAGGGUGGCCCUGCGCCACAGCCUGAGCCUGCUGGGCCUGUCCGCCCUGGGCCCCGCGCUCGAUGUCACCACCUGGACCUUCCCCCUGGUCGUCCUGCCCAUCAACCUGUACAUCAGCUACCUGGCCUACCGUUUCUGGGCAGGCGCCGACCGCCAGGGCGCCCGCCGUCUCUUCUUCUGCAGCCUUUGGCACCUGCCCAUGCUCCUGCUGCUCAUGCUCACCUGUAAGAAGAGACCCCUGCCGCCCCAGGAGGCCACGCCCCUCGCCCUGCAGAGUUAACCGCCGGACUGGCAUUAACGUUCGCUGUCGUUCGUCGUUUCGUUUAUUUCAGCUUUGCUUUAAAAGUCUUGGAUUAAUGUGACUGAGGGCGGGGUUGGAAGGAAGAAACCCCUCAAACCCCUCAUGUGCAAUCUGUGUAAAUAUGAGGAAUAUUUAUUUAAAUAGCAGCCCACCCUAUCGGUGAAGGUGUUUGUAAUAAUCUUAAUCUGAUUUAGCUCUGGGGUGCUUUUAAAGCAUGUAACGGCAAACCAUUUUAGAGUUACAGAAGGUUUGCUAAACCAAACGUGGCGAGAGGUGUAGCUUGAAUGUAGGCCGCCUCAGCGCACUGGGAACUGGACUGACGCUCCGGCUGUUAAGCCUGCCCACCUUUCAAACUCUCACCUCCGUCCGUGCUAUCCGUGACCUCGGCGUGACGUAGGUCGCCUACCUCUCACUUUACUGUAAAAGUCACCUGUGCGAGACACAAAAGAACUUGUGCUCGCAAUAAAGAAAUGUCUCUUAUAA